GUGAAGCGCAGAACCUUCGGAAAGGCGCAUGCGCGCUGAUGGGUUGGAUGUGUUUAUGACCGGGAAUGGCUAGUAAAGGGAGGAGGGGGUUAACGUGGUUUCUUGGCGGGGUUCGGGCAGUUGCGCGCACAGCACACACUUUUUAGGUUUCAAUAAUGUGACUACUGAGAUCAUCAUGUCUGCUCUCUGUCCUCCUCCUUCUCCUGCCGUUGCCAAGACAGAAAUUGCACUGAGUGGAGAAUCACCAUUACUGGCUGCCACAUUUGCAUACUGGGAUAAUAUUCUUGGUCCCAGAGUCAGACAUAUUUGGGCUCCAAAAACAGAGCAACAGCUUCUCAGUGAUGGAGAAAUAACAUUCCUUGCAAAUCAUACUCUCAAUGGAGAAAUACUUCGAAAUGCAGAGAGUGGUGCAAUAGAUGUGAAAUUUUUUGUUUUGUCUGAGAAAGGGGUCAUUAUUGUGUCCUUAAUUUUUGAUGGAAAUUGGAAUGGAGACAGAAGUACAUAUGGAUUAUCAAUAAUACUUCCACAGAGUGAGCUUAGUUUCUACCUUCCCCUGCACAGAGUGUGCGUUGAUAGAUUGACACACAUUAUAAGGAAAGGAAGGAUAUGGAUGCAUAAGGAAAGACAAGAACAUUUCCAGAAGUCUAUUAUGGAAGGUGCAGAAAGAGUGGAAGAUCAAGGCCAGAGUAUCAUUCCAAUGCUGACAGGGGAAGUUAUUCCUGUAAUGGAACUCCUGUCAUCUAUGAAAUCACACAGUGUUCCAGAAGAAAUAGAUAUAAGUGAUACAGUGCUUAGUGAUGAUGACAUCGGUGACAGUUGUCAUGAAAGUUUCCUACUUAAGGCCAUAAGUUCACAUCUGCAGACCUGCGGUUGCUCAGUUGUUAUAGGAAGCAGUGCAGAAAAAGUUAAUAAGAUAGUACGGACACUGUGCCUCUUUCUCACUUCAGCAGAGCGAAAAUGUUCUCGCCUUUGUAGAAACGAAACUUCUUUUAAGUAUGAGUCAGGUCUUUUUGUGCAAGGGCUGCUGAAGGAUGUGACUGGAAGCUUUGUGUUGCCUUUCCGUCAAGUGAUGUAUGCCCCAUACCCUACCACGCACAUAGAUGUAGAUGUCAACACAGUGAAACAGAUGCCUCCGUGCCACGAACAUAUUUAUAAUCAACGACGGUACAUGAGAUCUGAACUAACAGCAUUUUGGAGAGCUACUUUGGAUGAAGAAAUGCCUCAAGAUACCAUUAUCCAUACAGAUGAAAGCUUUACUCCUGACUUGAAUGUUUUCCAAGAUGUUCAGCACCAAGAUACUUUAGUAAAAGCUUUCUUGGAUCAGGUCUUUCAUUUAAAACCUGGAUUGUCUCUAAGGAGUGUGUUUCUUGCCCAGUUCCUCUUAGUCCUUCACAGAAAAGCCUUAACUCUCAUCAAAUACAUUGAAGAUGAUACGCAAAAAGGCAAAAAACCUUUUAAAUCUCUCCGUAACUUGAAGAUAGACCUGGACUUAACAGCAGAGGGCGAUCUUAACAUAAUAAUGGCCUUUGCUGAGAAGCUCAAGCCUGGAUUACAUUCGUUCCUUUUUGGCCAACCUUUCUACACCAGCGUGCAGGAACACGAUGUCCUAAUGUCAUUUUAAAGAUCUUUUAAAGAUCUCAUAAUACUAUUCAAAGGUUUUGGUAAAGGGAAUAUGAUGUUUCUCUUCGUAAUCACGUGCUGCUCUCCACUGCAACUGAAUGUAAGGUUACACUACAACCUAUAGAAAGUGGAAGAGGGAGGACAAUUUGCUGUCAAAUCUAUUCAACUUAGGCAGGCAUCAAAGGCUCCAUUUUAUUUAUAGUAAAUAUCAUUAUGUAUGGUCAAAAUGCUAAUCAGAGCUUUCAAAACAACACUUUUUAAACAAAUUUUAUUAGAGCACAUUGGCUUUAUCAUUUUUGUUCUUGCUUUUGGUGUUGGGCAGAAUGAGACAUUUCCCCCUUCUCUAUUUGGAGAUCCUAGACUUCAAACAAAUGUCAAAUGCCAGCUGAAGACCAUCAUUUCCAAUGGGUAUCCAGUUUAGAUAGUACCAACUAUCUUUUUGUCCUCUUUCCAUACUUUUCAACAGCUACCAGAAACUUGUAAUGAUAUCUAACUAUUUAAAUAUAGCUAUAAAACACUAUGCUUAGAAAAGUGACUUCUUAGAAUAGAUGGAAUUGGACAUGAUCCUACAGAGUAUUUUUAGAUUAGUAGGGUACCACCACCACACUAAUGCCCAGCAAAUCCAUUCUGUUGCUGAUUGUUAGAUUAUAAUGGAUGCCACACUGCUUAAUGACUGACAAUAGUUGUACAUAUUUUAAAGGUCAAAAUAAAUACAAAAGCUAGGCUUUUGUUAAAGGCAGCAGCUAAGUAGGUCUUUUGUGCCCUGAAUGAAAGCCAAAUAAAUCUACUUAUUCUACAUUUACAAAUUGUUAACAAUAUUGUUUUUUUCUUAAAUGACAUCAGCUUCAGCUUGUUUUCUAUUCUUCUUCAGGUCUGCAUAAUAUUGAAUAUUUAUAUUGAUUUCAUUAUGCAGAUUUCUUGAAGUAAAAAAUCUAAAUAUCUGCUAUUACACAUUUCAGUGCAUGUUAUUUUUUUUUAAAUGUAAUUAUAGUGAAGGGAGGUUGCCAAAGGCAGAUAUAUUUAAGUGCAAUAUGUGUAUGUUUAACAUGAUUUGGGAAAUGCACUUGUCAGGUCAAGGUUUAAUGCUAUUUUUCAGCAUUUUAUAAUAUGAACUGGUGUUUUUAUGGAAACCUAUUAUUUUUCCUGAUCUGGUAGCUAUAGUUUAUGUAUGAUGGCUGAAAUGAAUACAUAGAGCUCUCAGAAGAAGUUUCCCACAUUAACUUUAUGGCUUGGGAAUUGUGAGUGCCAGAGUUUUCCUGUUAAGGAAAUGAGCAAGGCAAUCUCUAUCAAUCUGUGGAUGUCACAAUUCCACAGAACUCUGGAUCUGUAUUUCUUUAUUUCUAAAAUGAGAUGCUAUUUUGCAUUGGGAAAGCUAUCAAAGCAGUUAUAACUGAAUGGGGAAAAAAGGCAGAAGGGAAAUAUCCCUUCCUCUUAGCUCUGUGUGGAAUAAUCCACAGAUGAAUACUAAAUAACUUGAGGUUAAAAAUACAUUUCAUCCCAGAGUAAAUAGCUUUGGUCAUGUUGUGCUCAGCAAGAAUCAAGGAAUCAAACAGUUCUAUAGUUGAAACUACAACUAUAUGUGGCCUUCUGCAUUUAUAAUGGAGAAUAUUGGAAAUGACAAAGAGGUUGACCUUGUAGCCCUCUAGCUGAACGCUAACCCCAGAAAUCUUACCAGUCAUAGUUUAAGAGUAAGGAAUGCUAGAAGUUGUACAAUCACACUUGAAGGAUCUUGCCCUGAUUCCUUACUUUGCUAAUAAGUAUUUGGAUUUUUCUAGGAUACUGUUACAAUAAAUAUUGGAGGAAUAUUGCAGGUGACUUAGAAGUUUGCACUUUUCAGAAAAUCUUGUGAUAGUUCCAGCAGUUAGCUUAAAAUAAAUUUUAUGCCAAUUAUCUUACUGUUGAAUCUAUCAAUUAGAUAAUUCAGUAUCUUAAUCAGUGUUUACUCUUGUUUAGGCAUUCAGUUCAAUUUGUCUGAGAUAGACUGGAAAAGGUAUCCAGCAUUCUCUUCAUUACUGGUUUGGUGAUGGGGUUUGUAGUACUAAAUGUCUGACAGGCACAGGAUUGAGAAAUGUUGAUCUAAACUUGAUGCAUUGUAGGUUUUAACAUAUUUUUCAUGUUUUCUGUCCUUCAAAAAAUGAGAAAAUAUAUGAUCUACCAAAAAGCAUUAUUUCCUGUUUUCUUAAAAUUGCACAUUGAGAGGUGGCAUGCAGCAUUUAAUUUUGUUUCAGUGGUUUACAUGGUGUUACAUUCUUAUGAAUAACAAGAAUGUUACCGCAUACAGUCCACAUUAUUGAAUCCUAUGCCUAACUGUAUCUUGAUGUAUUUUGACAAAUACAACUGCCAUUACAAAAAGAAAAGUGUGGCUUGAAACAAAUUGUAGUAUCAGCUUUAUUCACUAUGGAAUGUAAAUACUAAAAAUUUACCAAAUUUUGAUGCACUUUUGUCUUGCAUAUUUAUGUAACAAAAAAGUAAUAUCACCUUGAUCUGUGUUCCAUAUUUUAU